AUGAGUACAGACGCGGAGAUGGCCAUUGACGGCAAGGCUGCCAUUUUCCUCCGUAAGCCUGAGAAGGAGAGAAUCGAGGCUCAGAACAAACCAUUCGAGGCCAAGACUGCCUGCUAUGUGGUUGAUGAUAAAGAUCUCUAUGUCAAGGGAACCAUCAAGAGCAAAGACGGUGGCAAAGUCACUGUUAUUGUGAAUGACACUAAGGAGGAAAGAGUUGUUAAAGAGGAUGAAGUCCACCCAGUGAAUCCUCCCAAGUUUGACAGAAUUGAGGACAUGGCCAUGAUGACCCAUCUCAAUGAACCCUCUGUGCUGUAUAACCUCAAAGAGCGUUAUGCCGCAUGGAUGAUCUACACCUACUCUGGACUGUUCUGCGCUACUGUGAACCCCUACAAGUGGCUCCCAGUGUAUGAUGCAGAAGUGGUGGCUGCCUACAGAGGCAAAAAGCGUAUGGAGGCCCCACCUCACAUCUUCUCUGUCUCUGACAAUGCCUAUCAGUUCAUGCUGACUGAGAACCAGUCUGUCUUGAUCACUGGAGAAUCUGGUGCUGGAAAGACUGUGAACACCAAACGUGUCAUCCAGUACUUUGCCACAGUUGCAGUUCAUGGUGAUAAGAAGAAAGAGCAGGGUCCCGGCAAAAUGCAGGUAUGA